AUGGUAAUUGCAAGUCUCAUUGCGCCUCUGUCCGGAUUCGAUGAAAAGUACAUCGAGCACAAUCGCAAAACUAUUGGUUUUCUCUUUACCGCCGCUGCCAACGCCUCCACUGCUACCACUACCGUCGGUCCUCCGGCAAGAGACCGCGAGAUCGCUGCUGGCAGAGGAGCCGUCGCGACGAUAAAGACGCUGUCGAGCAUGCGAGGUCCGGAUCCGCUCGACCGAGACGCCGACGACUCGGAGGCCGAGUCGUUCAAGCCUCGCGCCCGAGUCAAACGGAUCGAUCGCUCGAGAGCAGCAGCCUUGAGCCGCAAAAAAUCGUCAGCACUGACAAUGGAUGGUCGCGAUCGGCACAGCUCGCGCAGGUUGCUUCGCCGUUUGUCCGUCGCCGACGAGACGGAUCCGGCGGUCGAGGAGGCCAGGGAAUUCGAGCGCGAGUCGCUGCGGGAGGACGGCACGUUUCUGGACGACCGAUUGACCGCGGACACGAGAAAUCGUCUCGAAGACAUUUAUCCCGAUCUGCAGGCGGUCUCGGAUCGCUUGAACUCACCCUCGAAGAGAUGGAAAAGUCCGGUGGAGGUGAAAUCGCGAGAUCGUCGAGAGGAGGAACAGUACGACGAUGUGAACUGCGGAGGAUCGGAGGAAGGUAAUCUCCGGGACUGCUACUACGACAACGGGGCGAAAUCGUCCGCCGAACGAAGUGGAGCAGCUCUCGAGGACGAGAGUUCGUACGCUGCGGCGGCGGCGCCGGUCAAGCGAUCGUCGUCCGUUGCGCAGGCGAGAAAGAAGCCGAAAAAGAAGCCGAAAAAGCACAAGUCGAAGCACAACGUCGCGAUGAAGCACAAGGGCAAGGAGAAGACGAGGCACAAAGGGAAACCAAAAAAACACGCGGCUCUGACGUCGACGAGGAUGAAUCCCCUGUCGAAGCUGACGGAGACGAACAAGUGCGCUACGGGUGGCGCGCGCGAAAAAGUCAAAAGCGUCAAAUCCAAUGCGGCCUUGGCGAACGCCCGCAAAACGGCGGCGUCCAAGCACACGGUUAUCAUUUCUACGUCGGGAAAUGGUCAUAGCAAUAAUCAUAAUGAUGUUAAUGGUAAUAAGGAUGCAAAGGUUGUUAUAGAUCUUCUCCAGCAAUUGAUUCAAAAGGUCGAUAGUUUACACGGUCUAGUGACUAAUAUAGGAAAUAAUCCGGGCAAUAGCAAUGAUAACCAACAGUCUUCAGACGAAACACGACCGAGCCUGUACCAGAAACAACAGACGAGGAGGAGGAGCUCGGCGUGGUCACGACGUCGACGGAAUCGCCGGCGUGCUCGGAUCCCAACUGGACGUCCUGGACGGCCUGCAGCGUGA